GAACUCAAUGGUUAUUGCUAAUUCUUAGCUAUAGUAAUCUUCAUUUGAGUUAAAAAACAACAAUGGCUUGUGAGGAAGGAUUUGAAGUUAUAAAUAUGGUGCCAGAGGAACUACCAGUUACCUUGGAAAAUGGUGUCGUGAUAGUUGACUUGACAUCAUAUGAUCCAGUAACCCAAGAAGAGUUUCCUCAAUUCUCAAGUGUUAAGGAUCUUCAAGACUUGAGAUUCUUCUCCAAGUACCUUAAGCAAAUUCCUGAACAGUUUUUUGAGAUCAACCAAGAGCUUAAAUCUCUGUUUAUGUGUUGUAGCACCAUCAAACCUGACAAUGGCCUUUCACAAUUGCCAACACGUUUUAACUGCUUUUCUCACCUGGAAGAGCUUCAUUUGGUUGGAAAUCACUUUGAGGGAUUCCCUUUACCUAUUUGUAACCUUGGUAAUGUCAAGACACUGUAUAUGGAUAACUGUACUCUCACAAAGAUUCCCAAAGAAAUUGAGAACAUGUCAAGUCUUGUUAUGGUGGACUUCAGCUACAACAGUUUUGGGAGUCCUGACAGUUUACCAAAAGAAUUUUUCCAUUUACCAAAUGUCAAGGAUUUAUACUUAAUAGACUGUCAGUUGAAUGAGCUUCCCUCAGAUAUUGGAGGAUUAAGGAACCUAGAAGGCUUAAGAAUUGGAAAGAAUCACCUUACCAAGCUUCCAGAUGAACUAUUUGAUUUGCCUAAACUCAGCAAACUCAGUGUUGAAGGAAACAGGAUAUCAGAGUUAUCCCCAAACAUUGGCCAGCUUCAGUCUUUGAAGCUUCUCUUGAUUAUGGAGAACAAGCUGACCACUUUGCCAGAAGAAGUAAAAAAUUUAUCAAACUGCAUCCAUAUCAAUUUAUUUGAUAACAAACUAACAUGUCUUCCGCGCUCUAUUACUGAAAUGCCAAAGCUGGAAUCUUUAAUAGUGGAUGGGAACAACAAUCUUCGCCGUCCACCUCUGGAUGUCUGCUCUUGCGGCCUUGAUAGCAUUAAGGGCUAUUUUGAAUCCUUAGAUGCUCAGGAUGUCAAUACAAUGACUGUUAAUUCACCACGUCUGAAGGUUGUCCUUUUGGGAGAAUCAGGGGCUGGAAAGUCGAGUCUUGCUCAUGCUCUUGUUCAUGCAAAAGCACUUCAGCACCCAGAUAAUGAAGCACACAGUACAGUGGGAGUGGAUUUCUUCACCUGGCGACCACAUCCUAAUGUCAUAGAAUUUCAUAUUGUGGAUUGUGCAGGGCAGAGGCGAUAUCAGUUGACACAUCCAUUUUUUUUGUCUACAGGUAAAGAUACUUACUAUCCAUUAUUUUAA